CUUGCACUUUACUCUUUCUCUAUUUCUCCAUAUAAACCACUCACCCUCCAUCAACAUUUCAAUCUCUUCUCUCCAAUUUCCAUUACAGUUUCCUACUUUCUUAACACCAUGAACACCGCCAAUAUCUUCACCUUCUGUUUCUUCAUUCUCCUCUCUUGCCACGCCCUCUCCUCCUCUGCGGCCACCGUAGAAGAAGAAACCUCCGAUUUCGUCCGCCCCAUAGACCGCAAGCUACUGGGCCUUCCCAAGAAAGAGAAGCUGAGCCACUUCAAAUUCUACUGGCACGACAUAGUUGGCGGAAGAAGUCCCACAUCGGUUCCGGUUGUCCCCCCACCUCUGAAGCUGAACUCUACCACUGCCUUUGGCUUGGUCAACAUGAUCGACAACCCUUUGACACUGGGCCCCACUAUGAGUUCCAAGCUUGUGGGAAAGGCUCAAGGGUUCUAUGCCUCUGCUUCACAGAGUGAGAUAGGUCUGCUCAUGGCCAUGAAUUUUGCUUUCAUUGAAGGGAAGUACAAUGGCAGCACACUCACUAUCUUGGGGAGGAACCCUGUUUUCAACAAGGUCAGGGAGAUGCCUGUGAUUGGUGGAAGUGGAUUUUUCAGAUUUGCUAGGGGGUAUGCUGAAGCUAGAACUAACUGGUUUGAUUUGAAAUCUGGGGAUGCUGUUGUUGAGUAUAAUGUUUAUGUUUUCCAUUAUUGAUCAUUCAUGUUAUCAUUGUUAGUUAGGAUAUAUUAUAAAUGCUUCUUGGAUUUAGAUGCUUCUACUAAUUUUAUGUAUUCAAGUAAUCUGAGUAAUUUCACCAAGAUGGAAUGGUUCAUAUUUCUUAUCAUGAUUUGGACUCGGCUUAAAUAAACUCAAAAUUUCAGUCA